GCAUAAGCAGAAAUUGUCAUUCUGCUGUCAAAUGCAAUUCUUAUUCGUAUCUUUAUCGUAUGGCGUCAUAAUAAAUUCAAAAAUAUUUUCACGAUUUAAAAAGUGCUAAUCAAAGUAACCAUGGAUUUAAACUCAAGUAUUCGAAACAAGAGCAAUCUGGAUUACGGCGAAAGUUCUAGUUUCGAUUUGAGCAACGAUCAGAAGCGCAGAAGCUCCUCCCGAUCGAUCAAACGUAAACGCUUCGACGAUGAAAUCGUAGAGUAUAGUUUGCAGCAACCUCAAUUGAAAACCGUUGGCCGCCCCCGGACUGUAUCGCAGACUUUUGCGUUUGGAUCUCCUACCGUUCCAGCAGCAACUUCCACUCUAAGCAUUCCACCGGUUUCGGUAUCACCGACAAUAGUGGAACAAAAUCUUGCGGCGCCAGUACCCCAGACUCCUUUGGCCACAGUAGCCGCCACACAACCGAUGCCCCAUCCACCGUCCCAUGGGCCGAAUCCGGCCAAUAGCUUGCUUCAACAGCUGAACUCUAACGCUUCGGUAAAUGAAAAGAAAAAAAGCUUGAAAAAUAAUAAAAAGAACAAGAAGAAGGGUGGUGGACAGACGCUUGCCACGAAAGAUUUGGGACGAUGGAAGCCAGUUGAUGAUUUAGCUUUGAUCACCGGUAUACUUCAAACCAACGACCUUCGGAUGGUGCAUCGAGGUACAAAAUUUUCCUGCAAAUUUACGAUCCAUGAAAUGCAAGCUCGAUGGUAUUCCUUGCUCUAUGAUGAACCAAUUUCGAGAAUAGCUGUGGCUGCGAUGAGGAACCUUCACCCGGAAGUAGUAGAAGCCGUGCAGAGCAAGGCAUUGUAUUCAGUUGCGGAGGAAGAGCUAUUGGGAACCAUAAAAUCAAACUCUAAUCCCACAGUGGAGACGUUCCAAGAACUUUUGGACAAAAACGCAACCGUAUUCUAUCAAGCUAGGACUGCCAAAGCUUUAUACGCUCACUGGCAGCUGAUGAAACAAUAUUCGCUCCUACCGGAUCAGUCGGUACAAUCGCUUCCGAAAAGUGACAAUAUUCUGUCAUUUUCGGAUGCUGAAGAUUUGAUUAACGACGGCGAUUUGGUUGACAACCGCGAUGACACACUGGAAACCGAGCUAGCUUUAGCCGAUCGUAAGAGCAAAAAAGAAAUACGCAGUCUGGAAAAUGAGCUGUCUCGCUGGAAUGUACUGGUAGAUUCACUGACCGGUAUCGGCUUUUCGCCUGAUUUCGAUAACCAAACACUGGCGGUUCUGCGGGGACGGCUGGUACGUUUUCUGAUGCGAUCGCGUGAAAUCGUUUUCGGACGCUCCACAAAGGAUGCCGUUGUGGAUGUGGAUUUCUCCUUGGAAGGUCCGGCAUUCAAAGUUUCUCGCAAGCAGGGUACUAUUAAAUUGCGCAGCAAUGGCGAUUUCUUCAUUACUAACGAAGGAAAACGGCCAUUGUACGUCGAUGGCGUUCCAUUGAUGUACGGUAACAAGACCAGGUUGAACAACAAUUGCGUGAUUGAGAUAUCCAAUCUAAGAUUUAUCUUCUUGAUUAACUAUGAGUUGAUUAACGCUAUUCGUCAUGAAAGUGCGAAAAUGAACAUACCCUUGAUUUAAGAUAUUUGUCAUUGCAUUGAAUGUUUUAGAAAGGUAGAGAUGAAAUAAAUGUAACUUUAAGACUAAAA